GUCGGAAGUAGAAGGCCAAGUCUCGCGAGAGUUGCGUUGGCGCGUGAACUGUAAGUUCCUUACUUCGGGAGUCCGAUUGCGGCUGGUGGUCAGUUAUACAGACCUUAUUCACUUUAGUCUUCCCAUCAUGGAAGUCUCAGAGCUCAAGCAGCAGCAGCAGCCCGCGACGGCCAAGAUCAGGAACCUUCCCUGGGUUGAGAAAUAUCGGCCACAGACACUGAAUGAUCUCAUCUCUCAUCAGGACAUUCUGAGUACCAUUCAGAAAUUUAUCAGUGAAGACCGACUGCCACACCUGCUUCUCUAUGGCCCUCCAGGGACAGGAAAGACAUCCACCAUUCUUGCCUGUGCUAAACAGCUAUACAAAGAUAAAGAAUUUGGUUCCAUGGUCUUGGAGCUGAAUGCUUCUGAUGACCGAGGAAUAGAUAUUGUUCGGGGACCAAUCCUGAGCUUUGCCAGCACCAGGACAAUAUUUAAGAAAGGGUUUAAACUAGUGAUCUUGGACGAAGCUGAUGCCAUGACCCAAGAUGCCCAGAAUGCCCUGAGAAGAGUGAUUGAGAAAUUCACUGAAAACACCAGAUUUUGCCUCAUCUGUAACUACCUGUCCAAGAUCAUCCCCGCCUUGCAGUCUCGGUGUACUAGGUUCCGAUUCGGCCCCCUGACACCUGAACUCAUGGUUCCCCGCCUGGAACAUGUCAUAAAUGAAGAGAAAGUUGAUGUAAGUGAAGACGGAAUGAAAGCACUUGUGACUCUCUCCAGCGGAGAUAUGCGAAGGGCCCUGAACAUUCUGCAGAGCACCAAUAUGGCCUUUGGGAAGGUAACCGAGGAGACCGUCUACACCUGCACAGGGCACCCGCUCAAGUCAGACAUUGCCAACAUUCUGGAUUGGAUGUUGAAUCAAGACUUCACCACGGCCUACAGAAAUAUCAUGGAGUUGAAGACUCUGAAGGGGCUGGCAUUACAUGACAUCCUGACCGAGAUUCACUUGUUUGUGCACAGAGUUGACUUUCCAUCGUCAGUUCGAAUUCAUUUGUUGACCAAAAUGGCAGACAUUGAUUUGCUUCCUUUCAGGUACAGACUUUCCGUUGGCACCAGUGAGAAGAUUCAGCUGAGUUCCCUCAUUGCUGCUUUUCAAGUCACCAGAGAUCUGAUUGUAGCAGAGGCCUAGAUGUCCCAAGGCCUGUCUGCCACGUGUUCCAGGGGACCCAUCUGUGACUAGAGAAGCAGAGGACUCAGAUUAGCACUAAAGUGCUGCUUGGGGCUUUUUGAUGAAGCCAGUCACCCCCAGUCUUGGAAAACUGUUCAGAGUACUUUAUCUGUGGCUGUUUGGAACAAGGAUGUACAAAACAAUGUACAACUGUCUUACUAUCUUAUCUUUUAUAGGAAAAAAGGGUGUUUCUCUUCCUAGACUUAAGGCUUUUACCUUUCAGUUGCUUGGGUGACAAGAUAUGGCUUACCCUAUUUUGGUUUGGAACAUGAGAUUUUCAAGUCUUUUUAAUGAUAGUCUAAUUUCUGCCAACUCAAAGGUAAACAUUUCCAAAGUUAAGUUUUAUGAAUCUAAUUUUUAGUACUAUCCCCCUUAAAAGGUGCUAAUUAAUGGAUUUCUGACCAAAACUCUUAUAAAAACAGUGAAAUUGUAAUUUUUGGUUUGAGACAGGGUCUGUAUUUCAAGCUGGUCUCAAACUUAGAACAAUCCUCUUGCCUCAGCCUCCCAAAUGCUAGAAUUACAGGUUAUGUGCCAAUGUGCCUAGCUUUUUAAAAUGUUUGAAUACUUACUUUAGAAACUGAUCUUUUUAUUUCUGCACUUGAAGACUUACCAACAGGUUCCAAAUAGUAACAGUAUAAAAAAAUCUUUAUAUAAAGAGCUAGCCAUUAAAUUGUGACAUUGUGAACCACUGGUUGUACAAAUCUUAUUUAAUUUAGGGAAGGCAUAUGAGGUUAAGCCAGAGUCUAAAGCUGUAAUUGCUGAGAGGACUGGAACUUCUGGACAAAGGUAGCAGUCUUUUACAGCAACUCUGCACUAAAGUGCUUCACAGCAAGAAUAAAGCGGCUUGCUGGCAGGUUAUUACAGGACUCCUUUCCUUAGCUGGUGAAAAAGCUGCUGAUUGUCCAGCUUGCAGGUAUAAUCCUUCACCUAGUAUCACACAAUAAACUUUUCUUUGGAGGCUGUUCCUUA